AUGAAGCGAAGUAAAAAUAAGGAGAAGAGAAUGAAGGAAGGAGUUACAUUGGACAUGUUUGGCGGAAGAAGAAAGUGGUCUGUCAGGGUCACGUGCCACAAAGACACCGCCGAGCUGCUCAAAUUAGAGUGGAGUCAUGACCGCGUGGGGAUGUCCGCCGGACAAUGUCGCACCGGAACUUGUUACAAUCAAUGCUGCGGUGUUAUGUACCUGAAAUACGGACGUUGCUUAUGCGAGGUACCACCUGGCUUGAACAAUAGGACAGACCGUCUCAUUUCGUAUCCGUAUAAGCGUUGA